AUGAAAUGUCUUGACCUUUGGGCACAUUGGCCACGGUUCAUCAAGAAAUCCCCAUUCGUUCUCCAACAGAUUAUCAAGCAGCCGUGCAAGUUUCUUUGGCACAUUUCCCACACCCCAAGGUCGAGACAGCCAUUCACUCCUCUCAUCCGACAUGUGCGUCGAGCCAACCUGGGAUUGAGUUCAGAUCGGAUCCGGAAAUACAUCCAAGAGAUUAUGCAACUGAUGCCACGAGACGAGACCCAGCCACCAUACAAGGCCCGAGCAGUGGGCACUACCGCCGCACUUGAGAAAGGGAUCCCACUGGACGACGUCGUCACACACGGCAACUGGUCAUCCCCAGCCAUCGUUGAAGCGUUCUACAGAAUCUCACGGUCCCUGGCGAACAACUUCACCACAGCCAUUCUUUCCUAA